UACCUUUUAGGUAAAAUAACGCAAUUAUUUUUUGGCCACAGUUCUCUCUCUCUCUCUCUCUCUCUCUGUUUUAGCGUGUACACAUUUAACAUCAAGCACAGAUCUGGAUCGUGCAUUAAGAAAUCCUUCAGACCCAGCCUCGUGUUCUCGUUGAUCCCAGGACUUGCAGGUUUGUUACCUGUUAUAGAAUUAUGUCAAGGAGGCCAGUAAAUCCUGCUCGACGCAUUGGUGAUGGUGGAAGCAUUCCAUUUGUGGGUGUGGUGCAGUCCAAAUCACGCUCCUCUCCCCUAAUAUCUAUUGGGCUAGUGAUUGUGGGCGCAAUUCUUCUUAUUGGUUAUUCCUAUAGUGGUUCAGGUGGACCAACCAGUGAUAUACAAGCAUUGAGUAAAAUUGAAGGUGGUAUUUCAUGUACAUUAGAAGUUCAGAGAGCAUUACCUAUUCUAAAAAAGUCUUAUGGUGAUAGCAUGCAUAAAGUGUUGCAUGUGGGCCCUGAUACCUGUUCAGUGGUAUCUAAGUUGUUAAAAGAAGAGGAUGCUGAAGCAUGGGGUGUGGAACCAUAUGAAUUAGAUGAUGGUGAUGCCAACUGUAAGAGCCUUGUGCGUAAAGGCAUUGUCCGUGUGGCUGAUAUUAAGUUUCCUCUGCCCUAUAGGGCAAAAUCAUUUUCUCUUGUUAUAGUGUCAGAUGCAGUGGAUUACUUGUCCCCAAAGUACCUGAACAGAACCCUUCCAGAGUUGACAAGGGUAUCUGCUGGUGGUGUUGUUAUAUUUGCUGGUUAUCCAGGUCAGCAUAGAGCUAAAGUUGCAGAGUUGUCCAAAUUUGGCCGUCCAGCCAAGCUGCGAAGCUCAUCUUGGUGGAUAAGAUACUUUGUUCAGAAUAAGUUAGAGGAGAAUGAAGCUGCCUCUAAGAAAUUUGAACAGGCUUCAACCAAAAGGUUGUAUAAGCCCGCCUGCCAAGUUUUCCACCUCAAAUCAUAGAGAAUCUAAGCAUGAUAUCUUCGCUUUCUGGCUUGUGGGGCGAAACCAUUCCCGCAAGCAUUUUCAGCAUCCAAAGGGGUAAGUUCUUAUUCUGUGGAAAUUACAGAGCCUAAUUUUGUUUUACAACUAUGAGACGGUAGAUCUUCCAAUCAAUAUAUUUACAUAUUGAGGAGGUUGGGUUGCAUGUUAUGGCUUCCACCAUUAUGUAUUCAUUUAAGGCUUUGGCUCCUUAAUACUGGCUUGUUGUGGUUGCAAUGAUAAAUUUGUUAGCUUCUCCAAACUCACUUUUGUUUUAGUAAUGAGAAGAUAAUUAUUAGACAA